AGCUGUCUGAAUAGGGUAAAGAAUAGAAAAGGAACUUACUCGCUUUAAGUUAAUCUACUAACACAAUUCCGAAAAGUGUAUUUCAAUUGACCCAUCUUACUAUCUGAAUGGUAAACAGCGCACUGUUAAGAUCCAGUUUUCUAGUUCUGUUCCAGAUAGUUCUCCUGAAUAGUGAGAACCUCCCAGACCUAGAUGACAUAAAUAGGAAGAUCAAAGAGGAAACGGAUAGAUACAAUGGGCCAGCUCAUCAGACCCUCUUGAAAAAUGAACCAAAGUCGUUGGCAAAAUUACAAGCUGAGCGUGCUCCAGUUUCAUCAGCCAUAAAUAUCACAAUGAUGGAACACAAAGAGUCAAUUGAGAGAGGCAAUAUGAACGAAAUAUACGUGCCCUCGAGACUUCCUGCUAUUGGGUUCGGAGAUACGAGUAAGUUCGACGACAUGAACAACGUGGAGGGGGGUGAUGACGUGGAGAAGGGUGAUGACGCUUCAUCGAGGAUUUGGUACGGAGACGAUGCUACCGAGGGAGAAUUCCCUUUCAUGGCGAGAGUGAGCGUAAACAAGAAGUACUACUCUUCCGGUAGUAGAGCCAGCUAUGGUAUGUGUGGAGGGUCUAUCAUCUCUAAAAGACUCAUUCUCACAGCUGCUCAUUGCGUGGUAGUCGGCAGAGAAAACUGGCACGAACUCGAGAAUCCCUAUCGAUAUGAGAUAAAAGUCGGAGACCACUCAAGCAGCACUAACAGAAACGAAAGAACGUACAGAGCUGAAGGAGUCAUCGUCCAUCCUGACUACGACAACGGGGACACCCUCGCUAACGACAUCGCCAUGGUGGUGCUCGCAGAAGACAUUGACUUUGGUAACGGUGUGGGGGUAAUCAAGGUGCCAGAAUCAGGGGAUGCGGAGUUGAUGAACGAGGGGAAAACAGUGACUGUAGCAGGAUGGGGGAGUAUUGAGGGUGGAGCAUCAGCUAAUGUACUACGGAAGAUGGAAUCUAAGUUCUCCAACAGAGUGAUGUGUAAGAGGUUCUGGUACUACCGCCGUAUGGACAUCACUGAUGGUAUGGCGUGUACUGAUAGGGUACUGUUAGAGGGAGGAGAUAAGUAUGCCCAUAUAUGGAGUGGAGACUCUGGCAGUGCACUCUUUAAAAAGAACACUGACGGCAGCUUCACGCAGCUAGCCCUGGUGAGCUGGUCAAGUUCUCAGGAGCAGGUGGCUGGACCCGACAUCCACACUAACGUGUUCUACUACAGAGACUGGAUCAGGGAGCACAUGGGCAUGAUGGAGUCCACCUACCUACAGAGAUCCAGGGCUUACUACAAUGCGUACCGAGAUCUGGAGUUUAAGGACAUGAGGCACUUCCUGUUUAGGAGAGCUAACCUCUACACCUCAUCAUCCUACCUCAAGGUUCAAGCGGAUGUCACCCUCAACAACAUACCCAAUAACCACUUUGUUCUUGUGUACGAUGGAGCGGAUAUAGAGGAGGAUAAGAUGAUAGCCAUGUUAACGAGAGAUGAGGAGCUAACAGGGAUAGUGUCCUCCUCCUUUGAGGGACUGACAGUGGUUAUGCAGACUAAUGAUAGAGGUGAUUUGUUCGGAAGUGUUGAUAUCCGGUACAGUGCUAUCCUUCCUCCUUCCGACGUGGUCUCCACUAGCUUGAGGUGCCCGUAUGGGUUCUGGGCCUGUGAGGACGAGCUGUACUGCAUCAGGGAGGAUGAUGUGUGCGACAACGUGCAAGGGAGCACUGGAGAGUGCCGUGAUGCUUCUGACGAAGACGAGGGAUGUAAAGAAAAGGAGGAGGAGGAUGAUGACACUCCCGAUGAUAAAGGCUGGAUCAGUGUCGUCCCUGGCAGCACAUCCUUCUCGUGGGACUACACGGACUCGUCCCUUGUAGUACAGGCAGCUGGCUUCAAGGGGAGUUGGUAUUCGGUGUACGUUGAGUUAAGUCACAAGACUGCUGGAGAGCCGAUGUGGUUUGAAAUGAGAUUCGGAGCUGUCGAGGUGUAUAUUAGGGUGCACAACUGCACAGAGUAUUACGUUGGUAUGAAUUACCCUUCUUCAUAUACGUCGACGCAAGACACUGAAUACAUGAUCACUUUCAAUGAUGAUUACAUGUCUGUUGUUGGGAAUGAAGAGAUUCUUUGGAAUUUAGAGUAUAAAGGAGGGAUCACAAUGGACUCCUGCCUCGAUGCAGUAAAAGGAAUUUCGUCAACGGGAAAGUUUGCAGCUGAGGACACAGCAACUGACAAGUUUAAGAUAAUGCCAUCACCCAAAAAUGACAAACUUGACAAAGAACCCGAUUCUACCUACGUUAAGGAUUAUUCCCAAUAUGAUAAACUAUCUUUUUCUGCUAUGGUGAGGGACACAGCUAUACACUACGACGUGCUACAGACAUCCCUACAGAUAAUCACCCGCGGGGAAAGGGCCAUUAAAUCUGGUAUAGUUCUGGACAUCUACAAAAGAAAUUCAAAUGUAGCAUACUCCUACAUCGAGAUCUACUUUUUCGAGUCUGCACCUUACUACUACCUGGACGGGUGUACUGAGAAUGUUAUCUUGUUCCCGCUCCCUGACGCAGAUGUUAACGGGGAUAGGGUGUGGACAUUUGACUUCGACACUGCAAACAGGGUUAUAUUCCGUUGUAAUGGUAAGGAGUUUGGUAGAGUAGUAGCAGGCAGCAGUGCUGUGAAAACUGGGUGCAGUUCCGUCCUGGGAAAUGGCAAGUUGGACAGGAUAAAGUUCCCUUCACAGUACGAUACUGCUUCUGAUGGGUUCAGGGUUCUAUGUCUGGAUGAGUGUGUGGAUAUUGAUCUGUGGAGGCCUAUAGAGAGCUACUACACCGAGUUCCAGUGGGAUGUAACUGAGUUGUCCAUGCAAUUUACAACUGAAGAUGGCAGAAACAGUGAUCUGAUGAAUAUAAUCGGGUUUUAUGAAAGUGAGGAAAAGUUUGAUGAGUUUCAGCGGGUAGUGCUUUAUCAUGGCAAGACACAGUUUUGGGUGUGGAUAAGAAAUUGUACCGAAUACUGGAUCCCUCUCCCCUACCAUUCCUCUUACGAUGAAUCAGAGAAUUAUUUUUCGGCUACUUUAACAUUCCACAAGGAUUAUGCAUCCGUGCUCAGGAAUGGGGAACAUUUGUUGAGCUUCCAGUAUGAUUCAGACAUUGCCAUGGAUCUGUGCAGACCAACGGUUGAAAGAUAUUUUAAGAACGCAUUCUUUUAUUACAGUGGCGAAAUGAACCCAAGCAGUACUGACAAGUUUAGAUUAGUGCCCAGAAUAGCAAAUGACACAGACCUGCUAAAACCAGAGCCAGAUUUUAAGGAUUUUUCUAAGUUUGAUGAUCAGAAGUUCGAAAAGUUUUCAACAGACCCUCUUGCAUUUGACUUUAUUGGGGCACCACUUCAACUUAAAACUGUAUUUGACAUGCCAGAAAAAAGCAAUUUUUCCCUCGCUCUACUGAAUUUGGACGGAGAAGAGAUUGGGGACAUAGCCAUUGGAGUUUGGGAGGUUACUGCUUUUUUCUUCAUAACGCCAUGUCACGAGGGUGCUAUCCUUAUGAGCAUUCCCAAGGCGCAAGAAAACACAGAAUCCACCAGAAUUUGGACAAUUGAGACCGGUCAGGAUAUGAUUGUGCUACGUUGCAAUGGGGUCGAAUUAGGGAGAAUUGUGAAAGGAAGCAGCCUGAUACUGGAAACUUGUGAUGAAAUAUUUGGGGAGAAGGUUAAAAGUGUUCAGAUGAGAUCAGCUAUGCCGAUAUCUUACAGGAUCCUGUGCCUUGACAACGAUGAUUGUGGUCUAUGCUCGGCUGGAAGCUACUCGACAGAUAGUGGAUGCGAGGAAUGCGAAGAGAACACUUUCAGUGAUGCUGGAGCAUCUUCUUGCACAAGUUGUCCUGAUGGAAAGGUAUCACCUGUUGGAUCUAUUUCAGAAAAUGCUUGUUAUUAUGCUCCAUGCACGUCUGGAAGCUACAUGACAGACAGUGGAUGCCAAGAAUGCAGAGAGAAUACUUUCAGUGGCGCUGGAGCUUCUUCAUGCACUAGUUGCUCUGGCAAUAAGAUUUCGCUCGCCGGAUCUACUUCAGAAAAUUACUGUUAUUAUGCACCAUGCACGGCUGGAAACUACAUGACAGGCAGUGGAUGUCAGCAAUGCAAAGAGAACACUUUCAGUGGCGCUGGAGCUUCCUUUUGUACUAGUUGCCCUGGUGACAAGAUUUCGUCUGCUGGAUCUACUGCGGAAAAUGACUGUAACUAUGCUCCAUGCACGGCUGGAAACUACAUGACUACAUACGGAUGUCGUCAAUGUAGAGAGAACACCUACAGUGGUCCUGAAGCUACUUUGUGUACUGAUUGUCCCGAUAGGAAGAUCUCUGCUGCCGGAUCUACUUCUCAAGACGCCUGUCAAUACAUUUCAUGCACGGCUGGAGACUACAUGACAUACAGUGGAUGUCAGAAGUGCGGAGAGAACGCAUACAGUGGCGCUGGUGCCUUGUCUUGUACUAGUUGUCCAGAUGGAGAACGUUCCCCUGCCGGAUCUACUUCAGUGUAUGACUGCUACUUCCCUCCUUGCUCGGCUGGAAGCUACAAGACAAACAACAGAUGCGAGGAAUGCAUGGAGAAUACGUACAGUGGUCCUGGAGCCUUUUCUUGUAUUGGAUGUCCUGAUGGAAUGAUUUCAGCCGCUGGAUCUACUUCCAAGGAUGCUUGUUAUUCUGAUAAAAUUGAUCAAAAGUACUCCUUUAAAACGAUCUCGCCUGGUAACCUUCCCCGUAUUGGAUUGCUCAUGGCAACAAGUCUAGAGAAAGAAGAAUGGAAGUUAGUUUGCCGGACAGGUAUGGGGAGGUCUGAGGUGGAUGCUUUGUGUAGAAGUAUGGGGUACAAGACUGGCACUCUCAUUGAUGUUUAUGUCAAGGAGUUCUACGAUAUUUCUGCAGAAACAAAGUACGGUGUGUCCAACAUGAAAUGUCCCGACGGAGCCUCAUCACCAUCAGACUGCAGCUUUACCCCUUACAGUUCCGCUUCAGUGCCUUGUAUAGGAGGGGAAGUGGCUUCAGUCUCUUGUUCCAAUGAGCCUUUCCAGUUAACAGUGACUGAUUUUAUGGCCAGGGUCCAUAGAAGGGGCAACGCAUUCUUUAGAUGCUCAGGCUCUGCGACUAGAUUCGGAAUGACGCUCGACUUAGGCAACAGUGCACUGGCCGUGGCCCUCAACAGGAAGAACGAUGGUGAAAUUAGUGUUUUAGCUGACAAACUUUACUAUAAGGGGUCGAGACGAGGGUACUGGUCAGUGAGAAAAUACAUCAAGCCCCUUUCCUCGAUAGACAGAUGCUACAUAUGCCUGCUUCUAAUGGAUGGCACGGAUCAUAUGGACAUAGCAUUGUCGGGCGAUUGCAAACUGGGCAAGCAGCAGAUUUUAAGUGAAAUUAAGGACUUAAUGGGCAGAAAUGUUUUAAAGAUUGGUUAUACGCAAAUACACAAAGACACACAAUUCAGAAGAGUAGAAACAUAUAAUAUAAAUAAAUAAUAAGUUAUAUGUGAUACCCGCACCAUGUGGUAACCAUGCGGUAACCAUAGUAACUAUGUGAUAGUCAAUCACGUGGUUACCGUCUAUAGUUAAAGUAAAUUAAAUUGAUUAGCACUGAUUAAAAGUUCCACCUCUUCAAUUUCACAUGAUUAAAACAUGGUUACCAUGGUUACUAGAUGGUAACUAUGGCUAUCACAUGGUUGUCAUGGCGAUCAAAUAGUAACUAUCACUUUCAUAAUAUGGUAACCAUGCACUAUCAUUGAUGAUAUGACCAAAUGAUCGCAUACUAUAUAAUCAAACGACAAAAGUUAUUUUGAAUAAGUAGUAAGAUGGUUUUAUUUCGUUGAACCUCAAUGUCUGUAGAAUGUAAACUUUAAAUAUUAAUUGUUCACUGUUAUGAAAUAUACAAGCCUGACCCUAAUCUAAAGAAAGUUUUGUAAAAUAGAAUAACUUCAGAUUUCGAAUUUUUAUUUUUUUCAAUGAUAUACAAUUUUAUUUUUAGAAAA